CGCAGCAUGCACUGGGGGGUUGGCUUUGCCUCGUCCAGGCCGUGCGUGGUGGAUCUGAGCUGGAACCAGAGCGUCUCCUUCUUCGGCUGGUGGGCCGGGUCCGAGGAGCCCUUCUCCUUUUAUGGGGACAUCAUCGCUUUCCCUUUGCAGGAUUACGGUGGGAUCAUGGCAGGGCUGGGCUCCGAUCCCUGGUGGAAGAAAACCCUUUACUUGACCGGGGGAGCUUUGCUGGCCGCAGCUGCGUAUCUGCUCCACGAACUCCUGGUCAUUAGGAAACAGCAAGAGAUUGACUCCAAAGAUGCUAUUAUUUUGCAUCAGUUUGCAAGACCUAACAAUGGUGUCCCCAGUUUAUCUCCUUUCUGUUUGAAAAUGGAAACUUACUUAAGGAUGGCUGACUUACCCUAUCAGAACUAUUUUGGUGGAAAACUCUCUGCUCAAGGGAAAAUGCCUUGGAUUGAGUAUAACCACGAGAAAGUUUCUGGCACAGAAUUCAUAAUUGACUUUCUGGAAGAGAAGCUUGGAGUAAAUUUAAACAAAAACCUCGGCCCUCAUGAAAGAGCCAUCUCCAGGGCGGUGACCAAGAUGGUGGAGGAGCAUUUCUACUGGACGUUAGCUUAUUGCCAGUGGGUGGACAAUCUCAAUGAGACCCGGAAGAUGCUCUCUCUUAGUGGUGGUGGUCCCUUCAGUAACCUGCUGAGGUGGGUCGUGUGCCACAUAACGAAAGGAAUUGUGAAACGCGAGAUGCACGGCCACGGCAUUGGCCGCUUCUCAGAGGAAGAGAUUUACAUGCUGAUGGAGAAGGACAUGCGGUCUUUAGCAGGGCUUUUGGGUGAUAAGAAGUACAUCAUGGGGCCCAAGCUUUCCACUCUCGACGCCACUGUCUUUGGACACUUGGCACAGGCAAUGUGGACCUUACCUGGGACGAGACCUGAGCGGCUGAUCAAAGGUGAGCUGAUCAACCUUGCCAUGUACUGUGAGAGGAUAAGGAGGAAAUUCUGGCCGGAGUGGCACCAUGAUGAUGACAACACCAUCUACGAGUCCGAGGAGAGCAGCGAAGGCAGCAAAACCCACACGCCCCUGCUGGAUUUCAGCUUUUACUCAAGGACAGAGACCUUUGAAGAUGAGGGAGCAGAGAACAGUUUUUCCAGAACCCCAGAUACGGAUUUUACUGGACACUCGCUCUUUGAUUCUGAUGUGGACAUGGAUGAUUAUACAGACCACGAACAGUGCAAGUGAUGUUCAGCCUCGCUGACCCUCUUCUGUUGGAGCUGCCACUCCCUGGGUCGGUCCAGUUUCCCAGGUAGAACUCCAUCUGAGCUGGGAGGAGAUCUUUGUGCUUGGCACAGCUCUCACAGCUAACUGGACUAUAGCAGCCUUAGUUCUUUUUUGUACAAACAAAACACAGAACCAUUCAGAUGGCUCCAUUUAAAACAAACAGGCAAAAAAAAAAAAAAAAGUCAGCAUGGUUCCUGAAAUCCAUUUUUGUUUUCAUUAGAAAACUAAUAUUGUGUGGGAGAGCAGGUGCAAGAGUGGGUUGUCCACAGAUGGUGUUUAGGUUGAUCUUCUUCAACCCGAGGGCUGAGUUUCGAGAUGGAUUCUUCAACAUCUUUCAUUCACUAGGGUUCGAAGUAAUGAGAGAUGUCAUGAGAAGAAAUGUAGGAGAUAAAUGCUCUUUGCUGGCUGCUUGUAUUUUAUGUCUGUAUAUUGUAUGUUGAGAUAUAAGUCAAAUAAAAUCCAUAGAUAUUCAGUGAA